AUGAGCACAAAGAUUCUUUUCAGUCUCUUCACACUCUUAACUGUCUUUUCUCUAGAAACAGAGCUAACUGCAUCAGACUUACUCGCUGAGGUUGACUUAGAUCCAAUGGGCAACGCCAUCCUCUCAACCAUCACUCUCCAACUUGCAUCCGGCCAUGAUGAAGGAAAAAUCAUUUCAGUCCUAGAAAAAGUAGCAGGAGACUUAAAAAAGCAGCAAAUGACUAGCUCAGCCUUAAACGCAACCCAGCAAAAAAUCUGCGACGAAAGCGUUGCUGCUUAUUCUCUUCAAAUUCAAAAUACUCAAUCUAACAUUGAAUCAAGCCAACAAAUUUUAAAUCGAGAUGAGCCUGAACUAGAAAAUGUAAUAGGCCAAAUCGCACAAAAAACCAAAGAAAUCACAGGGUUUGAAGAAGAGCUUAAAAAAGCUGAAAACCAACGAGAAGCAGACCAUAAUGAUUGGACUUCAAAAGACAAAGAGUCGGUUGAAGGAAUUGAAGCUGUGAUGGGAGGCAUUAAACUUACCACUCAGCUUAAAUAUGAAGACGCAAAUGUGGUGCUGAUCCAACAAGAACUCACAGCACUUAAAGGAAGAAUUGAAAAAGAAAUUGAAAAAACUGAUAAAAUCAUGUACAAGCCUGUGAUUGCAUCAUUGGCUCAGAUCGCGAGGUCAGCAAAUUUAGAAACUGUUGACGAAAUUAUAAGGAUUCUUGAAAAUUUGAAAAUUGAUUUAAUUGCUUCUAAAGGGGAAGAUAUGAAAGUGGAAGAACAAGCCCAAAAAGUAUAUGAACAAUACGCAGCGACUAUAAGCAGCACGAUUAGUUCUAGCCAGCAAGAUAUUGAUAGCUUGAGAUCUAAAAAAGAAAGACUAGAAGCUAGUGUAGAGGCUGCUGAAAGCGAUAUUGCAAAUUCCCGAGAAAAAAUCCUAAAUUACAAACAAAUGUUGGAUGACCAAGAAAAGCUAUGUGAACAAUGGAAAGAAAUUUAUUUAAGAGAAGAUGCUGAAAGAGAAAUGGAAAUUGAGUCAAUUUAUAAAGUAGUAGAGCUUGUUAACAAUGAAAUCUUAGGAGUCAAAGCGUACCUUGGACAAAGAAAUAAAUAA